AUGCACUGGAUCCGUGAAGUGCGCAAUGGUAGCGCGACGACGGGGACACGAGGCAAGAAGACGCGGAGAGGCGCUUCGAAUGGUUCGAGACAUGGGCAUUCGGUGUCCACAGAGGCCGUUUCGAAGGCUGCUCACAGAUACUCAUUCUCUAGCGAACUUACACCUUUAUCCAUCGCAUCGCUCAUCACCCCGGCAGAGGACUUGACCGUUGACGUCCCCUGGCUACGAGCUGUUUUCACUGAGACUUGGGAGACGAUCUUUGGCCAUUGGAUGUCUCGUUAUGGCUGUCCCUUCGUUUUCGGUGACGAGAACAUCGCAGAAAGCUUCAUCAGCAUAUCUUCACUUUGCGGCCAGCUCGACAAAUGGAUGGCCGCCGACUCGGGCAGAGCCAACGACCACACUUAUUCGGGAUUUAGUGAGGCUUUCACCGACAUUGACACAGACCAUCAGACACGUAUGUCCCUCGAAAGGGUCAUUCUUGCCUUUGCGGCGCGCUGGCUGCCUCUCGCAUCGUCAUCUACGCCUCUAGACACAGCUUCUACCCAAGAGACAAUUGUCAGACUUUGGAGAGAGGCUCGAGCAGACAUGCUGAAUGUCAUCAACAGGCCGACUUAUCGAAGUAUGCUCACACUCUAUCUGUUUGGCUUGACACCGAUUCCAGACGGCAUCACCGACGAGGAGGAGUUAUCUGGCAUGUCCGGGUCGCUCUGCGUACAGGCAAGCCUACAACAAGUGUACAUGCUGAGGGUGCGGCAAAGAAGUCUACAGUUCAGCGGGUCUAAGGUCUCACCGGUGACAGAAAAGACGUUCUCCUUGAGUCCGGACCCUGUGGCGACGAACAACUUUAUGAAUGCGGAGAGCAUUGCGCACUGGGCUGCUCUGAUAUUCGACACCUCUGCUUCGCUUACCCUGAGCUGUCGUCCGAUCUUAUCAUCCGGCCUCUUUGGAUUUGAAUCUGACUGGUGCUGGUGUCUGGUACGCUCCUGUACCGAACUCUUCCAAGGCACGAUAUCAGGAUGGACUGGCGAGAUGACAGAAUCGAAGGCGAAUCAAGUGAUCGCGGCCGGAUCUAUGACUAAACUGCGAACUUGGAAACUCGAGGCCGUCUUUCGUGAGGCUCUUCGCGAUGGGCACGACGAGUCUGCAGUCAACAAGGUCUACAAUGAAAUCAUCGACGGUAUCGAGCAGUUCAAUCAAGUGUACGGCGAUCUUCUCGAAGCGUGCCAGAAACGCAUUCACUUCUUGAGCCAAGCGACGAAGCUGCGAUGGCACGAACUAAUUCUGCAUUACAACAUCGGCAUACUUUUGAUCGUGGAUGCAAUCGAGGCUACAGAAAGAUACGACCUUCUGCCGCGAUUGUCGGCAGCUCGCACCGAGGCUGAGAUCAGCGUUCUGAAUGUGCUCAAGUUUGGCAUUGAGAACACAUACACGAUCACUCUACGUUCAGGAACCAGUCCCGGCAGUAUAGGCCUGGACGACGGCAGGACGACUGUUCCAAUACUCGCUAUCGACCCCUACCCGCAUCAUGUCGUUGCAGCUGUACAGCUUAUGAGGAAAGCCGUCGACCGGGAUCUGGCCACUGACAGGAUAAACGAGGACACGCAUUCUAAUCUUAAUGGAAUACUGCGAAGGGCGCUGGAUCUGCUUCCUGGCAGCUCGAAAUCAGUUGUGUCUGCAAGGAGGCAAGUGGGUCUUGAUAUGGAUGACACCUGA